GCGCCGUCGCCCGCCCCGCCCGGCGCCGCGCGCGCAGCGCCGCGCCCGCGCCGCCGCGCGCCCCGCGCCCGCGCCUGCGGCCCGUGUUCCUGUGGGCGCGCCAGCUCGACGGCACCGUGCAGGAGGUCCGCUGCGAGGACUACGACGCGCGCAACCGCCUCCGCAUAGCGCGCACCGCCACCGGCUGGCGCGUCAUCCCGCGCACCGAGAUCUACAACGCGAUCCGCGUGCCCCCGCCGCCCCCGCCUCCCCCGCGCGAGCGUCGCCGGCGCCGGCGCUGCGCCCGCUCCCGCCGCGCGCCCGAGCCCGCGCCCGCGCUGUGGCAGCCCGACCUGGAGUCGCACAUCCCGUCGCACACCAUCGCCGUGCCGCGCGCGCCCGCCGAGCCCACGCCGCUCGACAACCUGCUGGCCGUGGCCGAGCUGGAGUUCAACCAGCAGCUGGACGCGGCGCCCUACGCCUUCCUGCCGCCCGACGACGCGAGGGACGUCAUGGCGUUCCAGCUCGGCGAGCCCAAGCCGCCCGAGGACGCGAUGUACUUCGAGCGGAAGCCGCCGCCCGAGCGCGCCGACGAGUACGCGAGCGAGAUCGCCCACAAGGAUCUCUUCGACACCAUCAGUGAAGUUCACUAUCUGCCGGAGCUCGGUGGACCUCACGAUGAGGAGUUGCUAGAAUCGUUAGUGGAAAAAGGUUGUGAAGAUAAUCAAAUCCUAGUCGACCAGGCCCUGGACAAGUUGAAUCAUCUCGUGCACGGAGCCGGCGAGUACAACGUAGAGGACGACAUGCUCCUGAGCAACGCUCCAGUCUCGGAUAUCAUAAACCGACUGGAGCAGACGCUCGAGUCGCCCGGACAUAGCAGUAUUACCGCAGCACAGGGUCUGCUGCACUUGCAUCACAUAGGAGAUCACCUCUCCCAGGCGGAUCAUAGACAAGCCAUCGAGCAGUCGUACAUGUCGCAGGAAGUGUUCGUUCCGGAAGACGCGUCCCAGUGUCCGAUGGAAUCGUUGACUGCUGCUGCUAAUGAGCUUCAGGAGAUGAACGAGAUGAACCACAUAGGAGAAUAUGAUGACAGUGCCGAGAAGAGGCUAGACGCCGACGUUGGAGAUGUACACACCAUGUGUGCAGAACAAGUACCUGAUUCACUGGAGACUGAUUCUGAGAAAACCUACCAUGAGCUCCAAUCGCAAGCCUUGCCCGAUCAAAGUGAAAUCAAUACACCCACCCAGACCUCUGACGAUGUCACCAGUAAUGGGUGUUUACAAGUCUGUGAACAAAUCUGCGGAAAGCCAGAAGAUGAACAAACUAUGGAAACCAACGAGGAGGAAGCUCAGAGAGUUACCGCUGAACAGACCACUCAAGAUAAUAGUAAUUUCGACCACGAUGGAGAAAUGGCGAAUGAAGAUUUAUUGCCUACAGAUUUAAGUAUAAAGAACGUUGAAAAAUCUGUAGCGCCUCUAAUACUUCCGUGUGACAGUGACACGCCUCACCUUGAAGACAACGUAUCCGUGAAAAGCGACGAGCAGCCUAGAGACCUAACGGUGCACAGGCGGCUGCCCACUCCGCAUGCGUCACCGCGAAGGACAGAAGUGCCUCGCGCGCCGUCGAGGGAGUCGGAUGCGAUGCAAUCCCCACAACCCAGCGGGAUUCCCGCCGUGCCCUCGUCACCAGAAAUUUUCACGAUGCCUCUGACUAAAAGCAAACAAACGUUGUUCUUGGAAACACUGCUCUCGUCUCCCUCACCUAAAAUGUACACCUCAGAAGUAACAAUAACGAAACAGCAAUGUGAGCCACUGAACCUUGGGAAACAUCGGAAAUCUGCCAGCCCCACUGUCUCUAGUUGCUCGGACGAAAUGAAGAAAUUGAACAAAGAAUUCGGUGAACCUCAAGAAAAAAAAAUGAGGCGCGAAUCCAGCGAAGAAUUAGCGAAAGUGAGCAAAGUGUUUAAGACGGAAGAUCAAAUAGCCAAAAAACCUGAGCUGAAAGUUGUCAAAUCACCCAUGGAUGAAACUACGCCGCUUAAACAGUUGCUAGCCUUAAAAUCAAAUCCCGAAUUGAACAUUCCAGAUCCUCUAUUAGUUCCUAAAGAUAAGCUAAAUUCUAUUCUUGUAGCACCGGGCAGGGAGAUACCGGCGUUGCUGUUACAGAGGCCGGAGCUGAGGUUACCGCAAGCGUUCGCUUUCCCGGCCGUCUUACAGGAUCCAGAUAUACUGGUCGUAUCAUUAUCGCAAUUAGAAACUAUUUUAGAGAACGAGGAGUUGAAAUCUCCAUCACCGAAACCUCCAAAGGACAAGGAGCCUAAAACUGUCACGUCGUCCAAGAACUCUGUUAGUAUAGAGAAAUCCGGCACGCCGCUGCCCGAUCAAACUAGUCAACCUAAACCUAUACCCUCGAUGGAUGCUCUUGCGGGUGACAUAGAUGCUGCCACGUCGGCUGCGCUCAACCAAAUGCUGUGGUUACCGUAUUUAAGUCAACUAGAGGCGAUGGCAGCUUGUUCUCAAAACAUGGAUUUUCUAAAAGCUUUAAACUCUGCAGGAUACACUGGACAAAAUUAUCCAGACCUGUCCCAAAUGUUCAACCAUUCUAAUCGCUUUAUGGGCGCGGGUGGUUUUCCUAUGAUGCCACCUAUGGAUUACGACAAUCGAUUGCAGUUUGCGAUGUGGCAAGAAGCGAUGUCGCAUGCGAACUCCCAGAGAUCCAAGCAAGGGGCAAUGGCGGAGCAGAUGAAGGAGCUAUCCAAAUCCACUGACGUCCAGAACCCAUACGUACAUUCCACGAAGAAUCAUCCGAGUAAAACACAUUCCUCUGCCCGGACGAGUCCGAUAGCGCAUAAUUACAAUAACCAGCGGUCGAUGGCUCACAACCCGUUUCUACAGGGCAUGUACCCGGGCAUGAAUCCGAACAUACGGCCGAAUAUGCCUCUUCCCGGGUUGCAAAUCCCGUAUUUCAAUCCUCAAAUGAUGGGGAACCAGCGGUCGCCGCGCACCGGACAGCAGAAGAGUCCGAGCUCGCCUUACUACCCGAACAACAACUACUUGCAGUCGGUGAAACAGUCGGAGAGUCACAAUCACCAGCGGAGUUCCUCGCAAGAGUCUCCGAGGCCGAGGAUAAGUGUGAAGUCGUUGCACAAUCUCCUGGAGCCUUCAGCGGCGGCUGCGUCCGGGGUCGGGUCUUCGCGCCGGGGCUCUGCCACUCCUACGUCAGUGAUGGGGCGAAGGAGAGACGAGCCCGAGGUGGGGAGCACCACGCCGCUGGGAGAGCCUCCGCCGCACAUGCCUCCUCAUCCGCACGACCCUUCAUCGUUCCACCUAUGGCACCCCCUGUUUGGCAAUCAAAAAUCCUACAACAGUCCAUGGAGUUGGACCACUGUGACCGCGACCGGGGACUGACCACGAGCGCCGCGCGGGCAGCCGCCUGCGCACUAGCGCCGCGGGGACGCUGAGGGGGGAGUGGGGGGAGGGGGUACCGGGCCCAGUCACGCUGGAACACUAACGUACGAUCUAGGUGGACAAUGCUGUAGGUUAGAGAAUGCUGCAUAUAUCAAUCAAUGUGUAGAUUACUGAGCCAAAGCACUGACUAUAAUAGUAGUCUAACGCUAAAAAAUUACAAAUAGCUCAAAGGUUCUAGCCAAGGAGGUUCCACUGAUCAACAUAGUUAUUUCAGUUAUAGUUAUUAAGGUGUCUCAAUAUUAAGGCUAAAGUGCAGCAUUCUACCUAAUUUAUACCUUUGUCCCCUAGGUUCUACAUAACAAAAUAUCGUGAGUGACUAGACGUUCAAAAAGACAUGUUAAUUUUCCAAAGGUUCUAGAACUAUUUGGUAUAAAGACAUUAAUUAAGUACUUUAGUUGUGUUUCAGUACCUAUCGCCUUGAUAUUAUAUUUAUUAUAUUUAGCAUCUGUGUUGAUUUUUUUUUUUAAAUUUCAAAAUGUACGAGUGACGUAAAACGGACAGAAUAAUAUAAUUGGUGUAUGUAUGAAUGAUUUAACUUAUGAACCAAAUUUUCAAUCGCCAAAUGUACUUUCACUGACUAACUAUGUAUUAAUUUAAUAUUUUGACAGAUUCUCACAAAAAAAUCUGUCAAAGCGUCAAUUUUAAGAGUUGAAAAAUACAUUGGUUGGUUAAAAAUUGGCCCUUAGUGUGAAGACAGACAGAUGGAAUGUAUUUAGACUGCAAUAAAAUUGCAGUUAGAAAUUUUAGUGAAGUUGAUAUGCAAUUUUGCACAUAGUGUGAACCUCACGCCGAUUGCACGCGUACUGCACAAUCGGUUUUCAGUCGCAAUACAGUUAUAUCAAGACGUAUAUUCGCAUUCAAACUACUGUUUUGAAGUCGACUUGCAGUCCAAAUCCAAGCCGUCAUUCACUCUUAACACUAAGUUAACUAGGAAAUUAUUUGUCUGUGUAAUAUUUUCUAAAUAGAGGCUAUGAUUUCUGUGCAUAGUUAUGUUGCGACACGUGGCAUGUCUCGUUUCGCGACUUAGAGAUAUAAAAUAUUAUAUUUUGAUAUAAAACGUGUUACAAUUUAACUAUUUUUAACGCUCGGUUUACAUUGGUAAAAGUUGUGGGAAUCCAU